AUGGCCGCUUUCCACCCUGCUCUGACCUCAAUUCGUAAUUAUUUCGAUCACAUCAUCAGCCUCACGAAGUCAACAAGGACUGAUGUCACCUUGUCUAACAUUGAGCGAUACGACCAAGCCUGCCGUCUCGAGUUUGCUAGCCAGCCCAAUUUAAUCUGGGGUGACUACAAGGCUCGAGCUCUCAAAGGCUUUGAAAAUAAAUUCCUUUACACGCACGAACUCCCUAUCUCAUAUCGUGACGAGAGACCAUCUAUAACGGAAUCUUCCAGACACGGGACCCCUCAAGCUUCCACUUCUUCAUCCUUCCAGCCUAGUGAGCCCAUCAAAAAGCCUAACAAGCCCAUCAAGAAGCCUAGCAAGCCCAGUAAAAAACCUUACAAAAAGUCUAGCAAAAAGACUUACAAAAAGCGUCCUACGUAUCAUCUCGCUGAAGUGGAUCAACCUUGUUUUGGUUGGAACCAGGGUAACUGUGCUCCUAAGUCUGGUGUACCUUGCAAGCGUGUACAUGGAGUUUGUGAUGCCCUCAACUGCUACGAAAAUCAUAGAGGCAGGAAACAUCAUUGA